AUGGGUCAUCGUACUGAGGAGUCGAUGGAUACGGAAGAGAUCGCUUUUAGAAGUUUGUCAUCUUCAAACCAUCAUAAUUUUCCUCAUGUUCACAAGGUAGGUGUACCUCCGAAGCAAACCCCGUGGAAGGAAUUCUCUGCCAUGUUGAAGGAAACAUUCUUUGCAGAUGAUCCUUUACGUACAUUUAAGGAUCAAUCCAGGUCUCGGAUGUUCGUUCUCGGGAUGCAAGCUGUAUUUCCGAUACUUGAUUGGGGUAGAAGUUAUAAUCUAGCUAAACUUAAAGGAGACUUAAUUGCUGGGCUUACCAUUGCGAGCCUUUGCAUUCCUCAGGACAUCGGCUACUCAAAACUUGCAAAUUUAGCUCCUCAAUAUGGUUUGUAUUCGAGCUUUGUCCCUCCCUUGAUCUAUGCCUUCAUGGGUAGCUCGAGGGAUAUAGCCAUAGGGCCAGUUGCUGUCGUUUCUCUACUCCUGGGGACUCUACUACAGAACGAGAUUGAUCCCACUAAUAAUGCAGUCGAAUAUCAUAGACUUGCCUUCACAGCUACUUUCUUUGCUGGCAUCACACAAGCUAUCCUCGGCAUUCUUAGAUUGGGUUUCUUAAUCGACUUCCUAUCUCAUGCUGCCGUUGUUGGUUUCAUGGGAGGUGCUGCCAUAACCAUUGCACUCCAACAACUUAAAGGAUUUUUAGGCAUAAAAAAAUUUACAAAGAAGACGGAUAUUAUUUCAGUUAUGCAGUCUGUGUGUGGCUCCGCCCACCAUGGAUGGAAUUGGCGGACGAUUGUGAUAGGAUCAACAUUUUUAGCCUUUCUUCUAAUUGCCAAGUACAUUGGGAAGAAGAACAAGAAACUCUUUUGGGUACCGGCUAUCGCUCCACUGAUCUCUGUUAUUUUGUCUACAUUCUUCGUGUAUAUUACCCACGCAGAGAAGAGAGGAGUACAAAUUGUGAAACAUAUCGAUAAAGGAAUUAAUCCCUCAUCUGUGAAUAAGAUUUUUUUUACUGGUGAAUAUCUUUUGAAGGGUUUUAGGAUUGGCAUUGUGGCUGGCAUGAUUGCAUUGACAGAAGCUGUUGCGAUUGGAAGAACGUUUGCUGCCAUGAAGGACUAUCAACUAGAUGGAAACAAAGAAAUGGUUGCUCUUGGAGCAAUGAAUGUAGUUGGCUCUAUGACUUCCUGUUAUGUGGCAACAGGUUCCUUCUCGCGUUCUGCAGUGAAUUACAUGGCUGGAUGCCAAACAGCAGUUUCUAAUAUCAUUAUGUCCUUUGUUGUAUUCUUAACAUUAAUGUUUAUCACACCUCUUUUUGAGUACACCCCGAAUGCAAUCCUCUCGUCCAUCAUUAUCUCUGCAGUCAUCGGCUUAAUUGACUAUGAGGCAGCAAUUUUGAUUUGGAAAACUGAUAAAUUUGACUUUGUUGCUUGUAUGGGAGCCUUUUUUGGGGUAGUUUUUGCCUCUGUUGAGAUUGGCCUCUUGAUUGCGGUCUCAAUAUCUUUCGCCAAAUUACUCUUACAAGUUACUAGGCCGAGAACAACAAUUCUUGGAAAAAUUCCGAGGACAAAUGUUUAUAGGAAUAUCCAACAAUAUCCCGAGGCAACGAAGGUCCCUGGUGUGUUAAUCGUGAGGGUUGAUUCGGCAAUUUACUUUUCAAACUCUAACUAUAUUAAGGAGAGGAUAUUAAGGUGGUUAACCGACGAAGAGGAGAAACUAAAAAGAGAUGGCCUUCAUCAGAUUCAAUACUUGAUAGUCGAAAUGUCACCUGUCACUGACAUAGACACCAGCGGCAUCCAUGCAUUGGAAGAGCUGUACAGAAGUCUCCAAAAGAGAUCUGCUCAGCUUGUUCUGGCAAACCCCGGGCCGGUUGUGAUGGACAAGCUUCAUGCGUCUAGUUUCACAAGUCUGAUAGGCGAAGACAACAUAUUUCUCACCGUGGCAGAUGCAGUUCUAACUUGCUCACCAAAGUUUGCUGAAGAGGUUUGA